CAAGCACAAAAAUAAUGAAAUUAAAAAAAAUAGAAAACAGUGCAUACUUCAGAAAUUAUUAAUUUAGGGUUUUUUAGUGAAAAAGUGUUGAAAUAUUUAUUUCAUUAGUCUCGUUUUCAACUAGUAAAUCAUCUCAAGAACGUGGGCAUUAAAUGCGAAAUCGUCUGCACUAGAUAAAGGUCACAACAUGUUCAAAAAGUUUAUUUCCAGAAAUAAAUUGUAAGUUUAGCUAGAAUACCAUGGCUAAUUACGAAUCACUAAUGGGAAGUGGUUCUACAUCCGGCGCUGGUAUUUGUAACUGGUUGAAGCGUAUGAAGUUGUACAGGAUAGGUAUAAUUAUUGCAGUUUGUUUGCUGUUAGUAUCAUUCAUUUUCUAUUGCCUUCUAUUGAAUGACGAAACAAAUACACAGAACAAUGACAUCCACCGAACAAGAUCACAGCUUGAAGCGUUUGAGGAGAUCAGUCCGUUGAAAGCAGCUGAUUUAAAGCUUAGAAUUGACGAAAUGCUGAGAAUUAAAGGAACAGUUUCGCUGGAGCUCCGAGACCUGGAAGCAAGACGACAAAAGUUACAAUCCGAGAUUGGAUUGUACAAUCAGAAAAUCGACGAGCUCAAGCAGGAACUUGGACGCCAACAAACGGAGCUUGAAAGGUUGAAAAUAUCGGUGGAGCAGGCACAAGUCGCUCAGCAGGAAGCUGUGCUUCGAAACACACCUGAGUUGGCACUCCCAAAGCCGCUUUUUUCAAUAUCAGUACCAGAGAAAAAUCAACCUAUUUCCUCAUCGCAAGUGAGGGACUGUAAAAUGAGUACAUGCUUCGAUCAUUCUCGUUGCAGUUUGACAUCAGGAUUUCCGGUGUUUCUAUAUGAUCCGGACUCGAACUCGGUGGUUAACCGAGGGUUUGAUAUUGACGGUUUUUUGAAGACAACUAUCAAACAGACACUUGGAUACAACGCCCAUUUAACUAACGAUCCCAAGAAGGCUUGUAUAUUCAUGGUUCUGGUGGGUGAAGCCUUUCCUGAACAGGAAAUACAACGGAAUAGUCGGUAUGCGUUCAGCAGUUUGAAUAAUGUUAAACGAACUUCUUAUUCCACUAGUUUAAACGUUACACGCUUGAAGCUACUCCCAUAUUGGGGAGGGGAUGGUAGAAACCAUGUUCUCUUGAAUUUCGCACGACGUGAUUUGAGCUUGGCAACUGGUAAUGUUUUCCGCCAAAUGAAUACCGGUCGAGCCAUGCUGGUGCAGUCGAGUUUUGAAGUAGAGCAGUUUCGAGCUGGAUUUGACAUUAUAGUGCCCCCAAUUCUGGGGCCUCCAGGCGGCGAUGUCUGGCAGGAAUGCAGUCCAAUGUUACCAGCCAGGAGGAAAUUUCUGUUGAGCUUUCAAGGAGAGAUGAAUGCACAGCAAAAUCAGACCGGUCUUAACCAUGUCGAUGACGAAGCAGAAACUGUUGACGAUUUUAUAAUUGAGCAUCUGAAGGAGAUGUCAUCUGGACAUACGCAGGAUCGUUUCCUUCUUCAGUUCGAGUGUAUUCCUGCCACAGAACAACGGAAUCCUUCGGCAGUUCGGGAUUGGUCAUUGUGUGGAACGGAUAAUUCUCGAAAGUCUAUUUUGAAAGACUCUACGUUUACGUUGCUUCUAUCUCCAGGUGGAAAUAGUAUUAGCUCAACCCUAUUUAAUGCCCGAUUAUACGAAGCAUUGAGAGCCGGAGCCAUCCCUGUCGUUUUGGGAGGUGAUCAAGUAGAGCUGCCGUAUGCCGAAACCAUCGAGUGGCGCCGUGCUGCGAUCUUAUUGCCAAAAGCGAGAAUUACUGAAUUGCACUUUCUACUGCGAGCUAUUCCUGAUGCCGAUCUUUUAAGUAUGCGUCGUCAAUGUCGACUUAUUUGGGAACGUUAUUUGAGCUCAGUACAAGCGACGGUCGAUACGAUUAUUGCAAGUCUAAGGGACCGCCUGGGUAUACCUCCGAAGCCAGUUUCUGCGAUCGUGGCGCAUAGUGUGUUCAACACUAGUUUUGUUCCGCUUAAGUCUGAUCCUGUAUUUGAUACAGAACCAGACGAAUCAUUAGGACCGAUAGAGCCGCCCUAUCCAAGUCCUGCAUUCAGGCGAAACUACACUGCACUUUUGAUACAGUCGCGUGAAGCUUGGAAUGAUUGGGCAGAUCCCUUUGCAUUGUACCCGCAACUACCGUUCGAUCCAGUUCUUCCCUCCGAUGCGAAGUUUAUCGGUUCGCAUAUGGGAUUCAGACCGAUUGGUAAAGGAGCUGGUGGAGCUGGCAAAGAAUUUGGUGAAGCCCUCGGUGGGAACUACCCUCGGGAACAGUUUACAAUCGUAAUCCUCACCUAUGAGCGCGAGCAGGUUCUAAUGGAUUCUCUUAGCCGUCUUUAUGGAUUGCCGUAUUUACAUAAAGUGAUUGUUGUUUGGAAUUCACCAAAACCACCAUUGGAAGAUUUACGUUGGCCGGACAUAGGUGUGCCGGUUCAUGUUGUUCGUGCGCCACGCAAUUCAUUGAACAAUCGUUUUCUUCCAUUUGAUGCUAUCGAAACUGAAGCGCUUCUCUCGGUCGAUGACGACGCCCACUUGCGCCACGAUGAGAUUCUGUUUGGUUUCCGUGUAUGGCGCGAGCACCGAGACCGUGUCGUAGGCUUUCCCGGACGUUUUCAUGCAUGGGAUACUAAUACACUAGAUGCAUGGAACUACAAUUCAAACUACAGUUGUGAACUGAGCAUGGUGCUGACGGGAGCUGCUUUCAUCCACAAGUACUAUACCUACUUAUACACGUAUGCACUGCCUCAGGCGAUACGCGAUAAGGUUGACGAAUACAUGAAUUGUGAGGAUAUUGCGAUGAACUUCCUGGUGUCGCAUGUCACCCGGAAGCCGCCGGUCAAGGUCACCUCCAGAUGGACCUUCCGCUGUCCUGGUUGUCCCGUGUCGCUUAGUGAAGACGAUACACAUUUUCAGGAGCGGCACAAAUGUAUCAACUUCUUUACGAAGGUAUUUGGUUACACGCCACUGUUGAACACUCAGUAUCGAGCCGAUUCCAUCCUGUUCAAAACACGGAUACCGCACGACAAGCAAAAGUGUUUCAAAUUCAUCUAGGGAACCAACCAGCAUUACCAACCAGUGGAGUAUAAACUAGAGCAUCACAGCUUGGACAUGAGCGUCUCGUUUUUUUGACGAUCGUUCCGCGCACUUUUAAUAUCGGGAUCCUGCUCUGUUGAUCUCCGGUUGCAAAAGCAUCAGCACCCCGUUUUAGCACACCAAUUUCUGAGCAUAGCCAGCCAGACAUUUCAACCAAAAAAGAAGAAGAAAGAAGAACAAAGGAAUGUGUGUUUUCAAACGGCAGUGAAUUUCUCGUUGAAAAUAGUCGUACUCAUCUAGAUACACGAUCCAUAAUGUGUAGAUAUAAUUAUGCUAUUACGUAUAGUUUUUAAUAAGGGAUGUAUAAACUAGAUUUAUUCAAAAUGUUUUACUCUAAGACUCAGCGAUGAAGACGAUUUUGUUCGCUGUAGAACAAAUUUGUUUAGCUUUAAUAGUUUUUAAUUCAUGCAAGGUAAUCACGUUCUUUCGCGCAGUGCCAUAGAGAUUAUAUGCCUGAUAAACAAAAAAGGCCAAUAAAUUGCAAUAACAGUAUGAAUCGGAUUGCACAAACAAUGUAUGGAACAAUGAUCAAUAUGAAGCAAUAAGCUUGUCUAACUUUGUAGGUUAUCUUGAGAAAGUCUGAUCAAGCUAAACGAGAGAAACAGUUACCGAACAGGAAGAGAUAUUUUAACGAAAAUGUUGGACGUGUUUAAAUAAAGCACUAGUCAGGCUGUUCGAUGCUUUCUUAACUACAUUUAGGUUUAAAUUGAAGAAUUAUUCUUCUGAUGUGCUUAUUUCCUGAUGUUUGGUUUUGGUAAUCGCGUUUUUGCAAGUAAGAAACAGUCAAAUGUAAUAGAACAGUCGGUUUAGGAAUUUUUUUUGCAAGGUCGGGUCUAAAAUCAAUGCACUGCAUUUUUGUAAAUAUCACACAUCGUAAUUUGAAUAACUAAAAACAUAGUGAUUACUGUUAGGAAUAAUACUUUGUGUAAAAAAAAUUACAUGCAUCGAUUGUUUCAAUGUAUGUAAUUGCCAUCGAUAUUUUAUAGUCCUGAGGAGGGAACAUUUAUAAUUGAUUUAAAAAUGCACUUAAAUCAGUUUUAAUAGGUACAUAUAUACUAAUUGUAAUAAACAAAUAAGCUACCAAAUCGAA